AUGCCCUUGGCUCGCAGGGCUCCUUCCAAGCCACACGCCCACCCGCACAUCCCUCCCCGGCCGCGGAGCUCCGGAUCCCGUCCGUGCCCGGUGCCCAGCGAGGGGCUGGAGGGCGCACAACCGACCGGCCCCGCGGGGCCCCGAGAGCGCCCGCGGCGGCUCCAAUUCCAGCGCCGUUACCGGCCCCGGGCAGCAACGGCCCCGCAACCCCCAGCGGGGCCGGCCGCGACACACGGGCCAGCCGGGGAGCUGCGAUCCUGCUGGGAUCGCCCCGACCCGUCUCCGUGCGCCCCCGAGGCUGCCCGGGCUCAAAACACGAGCUUCCGACCUUCCCGGGCCGCAGGCCUGACCCCGGCCAUCCCCAACCCCCCGAACCCCUGCAAUCCACAGCCUGACCCCGGCCAUCCUACCCCCAGAACCCCUGCGAUCCACAGCCUGACCCCGGCCAUCCUACCCCCAGAACCCCCGGGAGCCACAGCCCGACCCCGGCCAUCCCCAACCCCGCGAACGCAAGGGGUCCGCAGCCUGACCGUGACCAUCCCAACCCCAAACCCCCGGCAUCCACAACCCGAACCCGGCCACCCCCAAACCCCCGGGAUCCACGAGCUGACCCCGGCCACCCCUAAAUCCCCGAGAGCCACAGCCCGACCCCCGCCAUCCCCAACCCCCCGGGAUCCACCGCCCGGCUCCGGCCACCCCCGUUCCCCCUUGCCCGGCCGCCACGCACGGAGAGUCGACAGGGGCACGGGCUCCCGCUCCUGCUCCCGGCGGAACUGA